GUGCCCGCGCCCGAGUCCGCCGCCGUGAACAACACGGGCUACGCCGCGCACCACGGCGCGCUCGGCCUCGACGGCGUGCAGCUCGUCGACGCCCGCGGCGACGCCGUCCAGCUCCUCGGCAUGUCGUCGCACGGCCUCCACUGGUUCCCGGACUGCUACGGCUACGAGGCGAUCGCGCACCUCGUCGAGACCUGGGGCAUCAACGUCUUCCGCGCGGCCAUGUACGUCGGCGAGGGCGGCUACGCGACGGACCCGUCGAUCUACGACACGGUGCGGGACGUCGUCGCGUGGACCAAGGAGCUCGGCGUCUACGUCGUCAUCGACUUCCACGUGCUCACGCCCGGCGACCCGAACGCGUACCUCGACCCGGCGGACCCCGUCGCCCUCGACUUCUGGACCAUGGUCGCCGAGGCGUACAAGGACGAGACGCACGUCAUCUACGAGAUCGCGAACGAGCCGAACAACGUCGCCUGGGACGACGUGCUCGCGUACCACAACGCCGUCAUCGCCGCGAUCCGCGCCGUCGACGCGGACACGAUCAUCGUCGCCGGCACGACGACCUGGUCCCAGGACAUCCACCUCGCCGCGGCGAAGCCCGUCGACGCGCCGCGCAACGUCAUGUACGCGUUCCACUUCUACGCGUGCUCGCACCAGUCGCUCCUCGCCCGCGUCGAGGAGUUCCGCACGGUCAUCCCCAUCUUCGUCUCCGAGUGGGGCACGAGCGACUACUCCGGCAACGGCGCGACGUGCGUGUGCGACGCGCGCGACUUCCUCGACGUCUUCUCGCGAGCGGCGCCGUCCAUCUCCAUGGCCCAGUGGUCCUGGGCCGACAAGGCCGAGGCGUCCGCGGCGCUGAACCCCGGCGCCUGCGCGGCGGGCGCCUGGGACGACCUCUCCGAGUCGGGC